CAAUGGAUCAACACAUUUUAGAGGAAGAAAUUGUUAUAUCAGAGUUAUUCGAUGAUGAGGAUGAGGUAGAUUAUGAGCCAGACGAAGACACUUACAGUCAAAAACCAAACACUGCUCAAAAACUUUCAGGUGCUGUUGAGGAAAAAGAAACAAAUGAAAUAGAAAUUCCCAAUGGAAAUUCCAACCGACACCGUCCACGUAGCAAGACUGAAGGCAAUUAUUCGGACACUCAAUGUACAUCAAAUGGUAAAUCAAUUGGUAAAGAUGAAAAAUCUGACAUUAAUGACUCUAUUAAAGAUGUCAAACAUAGUGGCGUAACCCACCAGGAUACACGGAAAUUAAGCAUCAAAUCAUCCGCCUAUACUAUGAUGAGACCUUCAGCAUCCAAUGGCAGACCAAAGAAAAUUGAUUGGAGUAAUCGUGAAUUUCACCAUAGAAGGUUGACGUCUACCUCUUCCAACGGGUAUGCCGUUAAUCAUCAUUAUAAAAUACAAAAAUCACGCUCUGGUAAAUUGAACGAAAGGGACUCGAGCAUAAGUCGAUAUUACAUUAGCCACAGUCGUCGUAUGGAAACUGUGGGUAGUAAGGUUGACAAAAAAAUCAAAGGACAUUCGCAUCGGGAUGACACGCCACGCGAACGAAAUUUUGACACUUCUACCCAUACUUCUGAUUAUCAUCACACUCCAAAACCAAUAACCGAUAAUUACGAUAAAGUACAUAUUCAUCUUUUAGAACCUCGUUCAAAACGUCAGAGUGAUAUGUCGUAUUGUACAGGUGAAUCACGAAAUGGUAUCGGUAAUUUGUCAUUCGAACGAACCCACAAUAUUCGCAAUCCCUGGAAUGAGAAUAAACCUGUAAAAAUUAGUCGUGAUGGACAGGAGCUUCCCGAAAGUAUUGGCGAUGAAUUAUGUAGCCUUUUUGAUUAUACUUCAGCCAAAGUAGAUUCCGUCUCGGAUGUAAAUAUUGACAAAAAUAAAUCAUAUAAGGAGUCUUCAAGACGUUUGGAAUCCGGAAGUGGUAAUUAUCCCUUUGACGUUAAUAAAAUUUGUUAG